GGACGGGUCGCUCCGGCUCUCCGCCGAGAGCAGCCUCUCAGCCCUGGAGAAGGGGCGAGCCCCGCGCCGGCGCCCAGAGGGGGACGCUCGGGCUCCCCCGGCCCGCUGAGGGCUCCCCUCCUUUCCACCUCGACAGCCAGGGAGGCAGGGAAGGAGGGGAGGGGAGGGUCCCGGGGAGGCGACAGAAUGGCCGGGCGCGGGGGGCUUGGGCGCUGCCUCCCCCCGCAGCUGCCUCCACGCCCGAGGUCGCCGCGCGGGCUGGUCUGAGCCGGGGCUCCCCGCUCUCCCGUGCGAGCCAGCGCGGUGCCCCCGGGGGCCCGGGCGGCGGCGCCCGCGAUGUCGUCCGGCACCAUGAAGUUCAAUGGCUAUCUGAGGGUCCGCAUCGGCGAGGCGGUGGGGCUGCAGCCCACCCGCUGGUCCCUGCGCCACUCGCUCUUCAAAAAGGGCUACCAGCUGCUGGACCCCUACCUGACGGUGAGCGUGGACCAGGUGCGCGUGGGCCAGACCAGCACCAAGCAGAAGACCAACAAACCCACGUACAACGAGGAGUUCUGCGCCAACGUCACCGACGGCGGCCACCUGGAGCUGGCCGUCUUCCACGAGACGCCCCUGGGCUACGACCACUUCGUGGCCAACUGCACGCUGCAGUUCCAGGAGCUGCUGCACACGGCCAGCGCCUCGGACACCUUCGAGGGCUGGGUGGAUCUGGAACCUGAGGGGAAAGUAUUUGUGGUGAUAACCCUAACGGGAAGUUUCACUGAAGCUACUCUCCAGAGAGACCGAAUCUUCAAACAUUUUACGAGAAAGCGCCAGCGGGCGAUGCGAAGGCGAGUCCACCAGAUCAAUGGACACAAGUUCAUGGCCACGUACCUCAGACAGCCCACUUACUGCUCUCACUGCCGGGAGUUCAUCUGGGGAGUGUUUGGAAAGCAGGGUUAUCAAUGCCAAGUGUGCACCUGCGUCGUCCAUAAACGCUGCCAUCAUCUGAUCGUGACGGCCUGCACCUGCCAAAACAACGUGAACAAAGUGGACUCCAAGAUCGCGGAGCAGAGGUUUGGCAUCAACAUCCCGCACAAGUUCAGCAUCCACAACUACAAAGUGCCCACCUUCUGCGAUCACUGCGGCUCCCUGCUCUGGGGCAUAAUGCGACAAGGGCUUCAGUGUAAAAUAUGUAAAAUGAACGUGCACAUCCGGUGUCAAGCGAACGUGGCCCCCAACUGUGGGGUCAACGCCGUGGAGCUCGCCAAGACCCUGGCCGGCAUGGGGCUCCAGCCUGGAAAUAUUUCGCCAACCUCGAAACUUGUGUCCAGGUCGACGCUAAGACGACAGGGAAAGGAGGGCAACAAGGAAGGCAACGGGGUCGGGGUCCACUCCGAUAACCGGCUGGGGAUCGACAACUUCGAGUUCAUCCGCGUGCUGGGGAAGGGGAGCUUUGGGAAGGUGAUGCUGGCGAGGAUAAAGGAGACGGGGGACCUGUACGCCGUGAAGGUGCUGAAAAAGGACGUGAUCCUGCAGGACGACGACGUGGAGUGCACCAUGACCGAGAAGCGGAUCCUGGCCCUGGCCCGCAAUCACCCCUUUCUCACGCAGUUAUUCUGCUGCUUCCAGACCCCGGAUCGACUGUUUUUCGUGAUGGAGUUUGUGAAUGGGGGCGACUUGAUGUUCCACAUCCAGAAGUCUCGCCGGUUCGACGAAGCCCGAGCCCGAUUCUACGCCGCGGAGAUCAUCUCAGCGCUCAUGUUCCUGCACGAGAAAGGAAUCAUCUAUCGGGAUCUGAAGCUGGACAAUGUGCUCCUGGACCACGAGGGUCACUGUAAGCUGGCCGACUUCGGGAUGUGCAAGGAGGGGGUCUGUGACGGGGUCACCACGGCCACGUUCUGUGGCACGCCCGACUACAUCGCCCCCGAGAUCCUCCAGGAGAUGCUGUAUGGGCCUGCGGUGGACUGGUGGGCCAUGGGCGUGCUGCUCUACGAGAUGCUGUGCGGCCACGCCCCCUUCGAGGCCGAGAACGAGGACGACCUCUUUGAGGCCAUCUUGAACGAUGAAGUCGUCUACCCGACCUGGCUGCACGAGGACGCCACGGGGAUCCUCAGAUCUUUCAUGACCAAGAACCCCACCUUGCGCUUGGGCAGCCCGCCGCAGGGAGGUGAGCGUGCCAUCCUGAGACACCCUUUCUUUAAGGAAAUCGACUGGGCCCAGCUGAACCACCGCCAGCUCGAGCCCCCCUUCAGACCCAGAAUUAAAUGCCGAGAAGAUGUCAGUAAUUUUGACCCUGACUUCAUAAAGGAGGAGCCGGUGUUAACGCCAAUCGAUGAGGGGCAUCUCCCGAUGAUUAACCAGGAUGAGUUCAGAAACUUCUCCUACGUGUCUCCAGAACUGCAGCCGUAGGUGUGGAGGGAGACCCCACAGCCUCAGCCCCCGAACCAGCAACCUCACUGCCCAGGGGCACUCGGAGAACUCUGAAGGGCGGGGCUUCAGGAGAGCAACCGGUUCAAGGCCAGGCGGAGCCAUGGUGCUGCCACGCCCUAGGCGACAGCCGUCGUCGGAUGCUGCUCAGCCUAGGAGCUUCCGUGGCUUUCUCGGGCUUUGGGAUGUUAACAGGAGGCGAAAGGACAGAGAUCCCUAGAGCCCAGGAAUUCUGAGCCAAGCGGGCUUUUAACUUCAAGAGACAAAUCAAUACUCCUGUGGACCACUCUGUGCUCUUCCUCAAGCCGAGACCCCCUACUGCCUGCCGUCUGCAAGAAGCCUCGAACCGCUGGUGAAGAACCCAAGGCCUCUCUAAGGCCGUGCAUGGCUUUCCAGAUGGAAUGGUUUUCUCUGAAGCGUCACAACUUACAUACAGCCCGACCUUGGGCUCCAAGGCACCUGCCCUGACGUGACUCUCAUAUUCUGGCUUUCAGUGAAUCGAUAUUUAUUGAGCGUCCAGGGAACAGGUGCCACAGGCCCCGGUAGUGCACACCAUAGAUUUGCCUUCCUGAAGCUUGCUCGCUUUCUGGGGUCUGUGGAUUUACUUGAGUGGUGUUUGCCUUCUGUGAAACGCCCCCACACAGGGCGGCUGUCUUCUCUGUCCACACGGAACGCGUUUUUCACAGAAGGGUCGCUGCCGCAGCUGCGCCACCCGCAGGCGAGCUGCGGGUCUGUGCCACCUGUUCCCCUGGGGUGUCCCAUCAGGUUCACGUUCACGGCGCUCCGGGACUCUGAAGAAUUGCACGCCCCUCCUGUCCGUGACCAAGACUGACAACGUACACGUUAGCCGUUUAUUUAAGUUAUGUUGUAAGAGACAGAGAAGUUUGUUUGAUACACACUUUAAUAAUUAGAAACAGGGCUUGUAAACAGGACCUGCAUCAGAGGCAGGCCUUAUAAUAUGUAACCACAUGUGCAGUUGGAGAGUUUGAUCUGGCUGAAAAUAAAUACAUUUUGUAACAA